AUGGGAGGGGGAGCAGAGCUGGUGGAGGCUGUGGUUAAGUGGAGGAUGGGGUGUAAGCUGAAGGCCAUCCUGGGUGACCCCCAACACCCUCUACACAAGACUCUCACAGCAACGCGAUCGCGUGGCAAGAAAGAGAAAACGACGAACAAACAAAUGGAUCCGGUGGAGACUAAUGACAGCCAGCUGACAACGACGUCUCUUGAAGCCACACUACAAAGAUAUUUCAACUUAGCCGAGAAAAAUACCAAUGAAAGAUUCAAUCGCUUGGAGUCUAAGCUGUUUCGCAGACCAGGCGAGGCAGAGGCGCAGUGCACCUACACUUUGCCAACUGGUUUUACCUUUAAUCCAAAGGAAGGGAUUGAUAAUCCAGCUCUGGUGAUCACUGAUAAUCCUGAGCCUGAUCAGAGCCUUGUGCCCAGAUUGUGCCAGCUGAAGCGUCUGGAGGGGCAGAGAUUUGGUUUCUACCUGUGGAUGGACCAGAGCAGCCGGGGCUUUGAGGUCAGAGAUGUGGAGCCAUGGAGUCCUGCAGAGCAUAGCGGCCUCAGAGACGGAGACAGAGUGCUGGAGGUCAAUGAGGAGUAUGUGAACAACAUGGACUUCUACAGGGUGGUGAGGAAGAUCCAGUCAUGUGGUCUACUCUUGUUUCUCCUCGUGUUGAGGAGGGAAGGGUAUCAACAGGUAUGUAUGAGGAUUAACUUGACAAUAUAAUCCUUUCUAUCACUACCUUCCAUCUUGCAUGGGUACCAUAAUUGACAUUAUGUCUUUUUAUAUCAGGACAGGCACAGGUGACCCCUUUUGUUUACAUGGUACCUGCUGGUGAAA